AACUCUUCGCUUCCACGGGCGCCGUCCAAUGAGAAAUGCCGCCGUGCCGUGUCGACCGCUGUGAUUGGCCCCGCUUUCCUGGCAGCUUUCUAAUCUCCGCAAAACUUUUCCCCCUAUUAUUUGCAGGACCCUCCAGUUGCGGAGACGGAGAAGGGACAUCACUUAUGAUCACGGCCAGAAGAGGAGAGAGGGCGAGUGCAGAAAAGGGUGUCCCAUCCAUGAACUGACGCAGUAACGGAAUCCAGGCUGCAAACUUAUGGCUGCAUCCAAAUAAUAUUUCCCCCCGUUUUUGGAUUUUGGUUGCGAAUUCUUUCAUCAUCUGAAGUUGUCUCUUUACUUUAAAUAUACGUUAUCACCGCCGGGGACAUUAUCGGUGGUCAUGGAUACCCAUAUAAGAUGGAAAAUAAAACGGUGGAAAGACCUAUAUGUAAUUUUAUUAAUAGCCAUUCUUUCUGUAACUUUGCAAGUCAGCUCAGCGGAACCGGCAGAUCUCUUGAAGAUAUUAGACUUUCACAGUUUACCAGAAGGCGUAACAAAAGCGACAGGUUUCUGCACGCACAGGAAGUCCUCCAAAGGACCAGAUGUGGCUUAUAGAGUAUCCAAAGAGGCUCAGCUUAGUGCCCCCACAAAGCAGCUUUACCCUGCGGCUGCAUUUCCUGAAGACUUUUCAAUCUUGAUGACGGUGAAGCCAAAGAAGAACAGCCAGGCGUUCCUGUUGUCCGUCUACAACUCGCAGGGCAUCCAGCAGCUUGGGAUGGAGGUGGGCCGCUCGCCCGUCUUCCUGUAUGAAGACCAUACGGGCAAACCUGCGCCAGAGGACUACCCCCUAUUCCAAGGGGUCAACCUGGCCGACGGAAAGUGGCACCGAGUGGCGAUUAGUGUACACAGGCAAACCAUCACUAUGGUUUUGGACUGUAAGAAGAAGAUAACCAAGACCCUAAGAAGAAGUCCUCACCCGAUCAUCGACACCAAAGGCAUUGUCGUUUUUGGAACCAGGAUACUUGAUGAAGAAGUGUUCGAG